UCUGUUCAUAAGUUCACACACAGAACUGUAAUUAAUUAAUUGUAGCAUAGCAUUGUUUUCUAUCAUUACAUAUCAUUUCAUUUCUUAAAACAUUUGCAAAAGGAAUAGUUAUGUCCAGUGAGAAGAAAUAUCGUUUACUGGUGCGUUCAGCACAACAAAUUGUUACUGUGUGCAACACUGGCAAAAAUGUACUUGCUGGAAAGGAGAUGAAUGAGUUGCAAGUGUUAAAUGCUAAAGACAAUGACAGCCUUAGCCUUGUAGUUGAUAGAAUUGGAAAUAUAUUAGAAAUAGGUGACACCAAAGAAAUUCUACUCAAGUAUCCUGUUUCUCAAUUCAAGAAGGUAAUAGAUGCCAAAGGAAUGUGUAUUUUGCCAGGUUUUGUAGAUGCGCACACACACCCAGUGUGGGCUGGGGACAGGGUUCAUGAAUUUGCUAUGAAGUUGUCUGGUGCUAGUUACAUGGAAGUACACCAAGCUGGUGGAGGCAUCCACUUCACUGUGGAGCAUACUCAGAAAGCUUCAGAAGAUGAACUACUUGAAAGUUUAAAGGAGAGACUGUGGCAGAUGUUACAGGCUGGGACGACAUUGGUGGAGUGCAAGUCAGGCUAUGGUUUAAACACAAAUACCGAAGUCAAGAUGCUUACAGUGAUAGAGAGAGCCAGGAAAGAGGUCCCUAUUGAUAUAUCAAGCACUUUUUGUGGAGCUCAUGCAGUACCAAAAGAUAAAACUGCUGAAGAAGCAACAUAUGAUGUAAUAAAUAAUCAACUUGUUCGUGUUAAAGAACUAAUGGAUUCCGGGAAACUACAUGUUGACAACAUUGAUGUCUUCUGUGAAAAGUUUGUAUUUGAUAUCAACCAAUCUAGAGCCAUCUUAGAAGCUGGUCAAAAAUGUGGACUUGCAAUUAAUUUCCAUGGAGAUGAACUUAACCCACUUAAAGGAGCUGAGAUGGGAGCUCAGCUUGGUGCUCUUGCCAUAAGCCAUCUUGAAGAAAUUUCUGAUGAAGGUAUGCAAGCGAUGGCAAAAGCUGGUUCUGUUGGAGUCAUUUUACCCACUACAGCUUACAUACUACGACUGAAACCACCAGAUGUUGUUAAAAUGAUAAAUACAGGAAUGGCCAUUGCAUUAGGUUCAGAUUUCAACCCAAAUGCUUAUUGUCUGUCAAUGCCUCUGGUAAUGCAUUUGGCUAGUGUCAACUUGCGAAUGAGUCUCCAACAAUCUUUGGUAGCUUCAACAAUCAAUGCAGCUAAAGCUCUGGGAAAGUCUACCACUCAUGGAAGUUUGGUUCCUGGGAAAGUUGCAAAUUUAGUUCUGAUAAAAGCAACAAGAUGGGAACAUUUGAUCUAUCAAAUGGGCUGUUAUACAGACUUGAUAAAAUAUGUUAUUGUUCAUGGCAAUGUUGUUGUAGAUAAGCACAAUUCAAACCUUUCAAAAUAUUAAUCACACUUACAACCAUGCAACCAUACUUACAACAAUGCAAGGAGACAAAUAUAGAAAGCAACUUCACAAACAUUUCCAGAUAUAUGGAACAAGGAAUCAAUGAAGAUUUUAACAGAUUUAGAAUUACACCAAAUGGCUGUUUAUGUCCUUAAAAUAAAUCUUGCUUCUCAAAUAAGUUAAUAAUAAUAAAGUUAUCAAGCAAAUUUGU